AGCCCUCAAGCAUCCUGGCCCCAUCCCGCACUCUGAAACAACAUGUGGGCCGACGAAGACCGCAGCCUGUCCUACACCAGGAGCAGGAAUGACUGGGAGUCCAGCUUCUCCAAGAGCUCCACGCGCUCCUUCAAACCUACCGGCCGGCUGGCCCUCGCAGAUCUGGAUGUAUGGGACGAUGCGUGUCUAUUUAAAGCCCAGUCUUCAGCACAUAGUGGCAUGGCUGCUGUCUCUGGGUUAGGGCUUCUGUCGAACCACUGCAGCCCUUUCACCAGCACUGUUGGUUUUGGACCGACGCUGCCAAACAUGAGGCAGUGGAUGUCCUCGUCAGACCUGGCUCCAGAGCUCAUCCCCGGCUUCCCCCUGGACCAGUCGCGGGCGGGGGAGCUCCACUCCGCCCAGGGAGAACGGGGCUCCAGGCGGGCGGAGCUGGUGCACAGGCUGCAGGAGGCCCAGCAGCGUCUGGAAGACACAAACGACCUCAUGAAGAGCAGAGGCCAACCACGGCCCAGCAUUAAGACUACAGCACAACUCCUGGACAUGAAACAGAAGGCAAACCUCCAGCAGCAUGCCCAGGGUGUGCGCCUGAGGCAGCAAGGGAAGGCUCAGUACAACGGGGAGGCGUUUGCUGAGCUCCGUGAGCAGGAGAACCAGGCCCAGGACAGCGCCCUGAUCAGGGAGGCCUUGAAAUCCGUCAAAGAGGUCAACGAAACAUUGAGAAGUGAACUCAAGGUGGUCAAGCAAAGCCUGGAAACGUCCCAGGCUCAGCUCGGUGAGCUCAGGGCGGAGAGAGAUACUCAGGCCUGUCAGAUGUCUGCACUCAAGGCCCAAUGCACCCAGCUGAUUCAGGAGAAGGAGGAGAUGCUGGGCGACCGUAAUACACGUGGACGAGAGGAGGAGCUAGCAGAGUGGACGGAAGAGCGCCGAAAGCUCAGGGAAACUUUGGAUGCUUUGCAUGCAGACCACCAGAGGCUCCAGGACCGCUGUCUGUGUUUGGAGUCUGCGGUCCUGGCGAAGGAGGAGGAGCUCUGCGUGAAGGCGCAGGAGUUUCGUGAGCAGGAGUCUGAGAGACUCAGUGGCGAGGAGGAGCUCAGGGCCUCGGCCUCGUUCUGGAACGAGAAAUGGCAGGCGGCUACGCUUAGUCUGAGCUCCACACAGAGGGAGUUAGAGGCCAUGAAACAGCAGGACCCUGGACACAAGCUCCUGGAGGAAGCUACGAGACUGGCUGCUGAGGUUCAAGGACUUCAAACUGAGCAGGAUAGAGACAAAGAAGAAAUUAAGGCGCUGCUUCUGCACAAAGCAAACCUUGAGGCAGAACUUAAAAGGACGAAGAGGGAGACUAACUCAAUACUGCGUGUUGAACUGGACGCAUGCAAACAACAACUGGAACUGGAAAAGAACAGGAACAAGGAGCUGGUUCACACACAGAGGGGUGAACGCCCAGUUGGUGAGGCUGUGCAGACAGUAGACAAAGAGACGAUGACGAUAUUCAGCAUGCCACCCAAGAUGGGGCAGCCAAUGAUGCACCCCGAUGGAAGGCUGAAUGAUCCUUCACCGAAGAUGAGUGGUCAUCUAGACCGGAGGAUGCCAGCACAGGAGAAUGUUAAUUUGGAAAGCAUUGGGGCUUUAAGUAUGGCCCAACAGCUGGCAAACAUGCAGGUGGAACUGAAGGAAAAGGAGCAUGCUUUGGAUGUCCAAGAAAUACUGAGAGAGGCAGAGCAGUCGGAGGCCGAAAGUACGAUUUCUGCAUUGAAACUGAAGCUUGUGAAGUUGAACGCUGUUCAGGGGUUACAAACACUCAACCAAGUUCACUCGGAUACCGAUGAUAGAACAUCUUCAGAGAGACAGAACACGAAACCGAUCAGUCAAGUGGACCACGACAGGCAGCGCAGAAUGGUCACUGAGCAGUUAAAAAACCUCUUCAAAGAGAGGAAAGACUCGGGGAAGGCCUGUGACAGUCAACCUGCGGUUCAAACCCACGUGUGUCCACAACAAGAGUUGGCAACCAAGUCCCAAGCCAUCAAGAGUCAACGACAACAGGAGCUACUGAGGUGUAGAAAUGAGCUUUAUGGCUCAGGCCUUGCGCCUGUAUCUGAGGAGGAUGAGGAAGAUGAGGAGGAGGAGGAGAAGAAAGAUACACAGCAAGAGCAAGGAUGAACCGGCCUAGUGCACUCCACAACCAGAGCAGCUGGGUGGAAAUACUUUGAAUAUAAAGUUGAUUGGAGGAUGGCUGAAUUCAUGAUCAUGAUGUCACAUUUCCUGUCAAACUUCUUCACGACCAUUCAUUAUGUCUCUCUCUCUCUCUUUCUCUUUCCGACACCACAUCCCUUAGUGAUAAGUUAGUGCAUCUGUAGGCUGUAACUGUGACUGUAACCAACACACACACACACACACACACACACACACACACACACACACACACACAC